CCAAAAAGUCCAGCUCAAGUCGCGAUUGCAGACACAGAGCUCCAGGCUUCGACGCUUUAAAUCGAUCAGGCGAAAGUCUUCAUCACAGAAACUACGCUUGAUUCAGGAGGGUAAAGACGACCCAACCUCUACAGGGCCCUCUUUCAGCUUACGAGACACGAUUUACGAUACGAACACCUUGUUUACUCGACCACUCGCAGAAACUGGCCUGCCCCAACCAGCCAUCCAAGCCGCUCAAUACACUUGAACUUCCAGACUUCACCACGCCGAUGCGAGAAUUGGCUCUCUGAACUCGUCUACCCCUUCCAUGGGAGGAUAGCUCCCCAAUAGUCAUGGCUUUUGGAUUUGGAUUCAAAACCGGUUCCCCGACCGGGACUGGAGGUGCAAAUGGGGGCAUGGCCGAGGGCCCAGCGUUGGAGCUUAUACAGACAGAAGCGCUCGGUUUCCUGUCUCUGGCCGGCGACGCCAAAAUUCGUUUGACAUCCCAAUGGUCUCCUGCACCCGCGGCUACUGCGUCUUUGAUCAGCAUUGCACCACGGAAAGGGCUUGUCGCAGCUGCCGGUCCCGACGCCAUUGUUCUAGCCACGACCGAAGCAGUCCGAAAGGCAUUCGCAUCUGAAAAAGAUGGCGACAGUGAGGUCCGCUCGUUUGAGCCGCAACUGAAGAUACCGAUGCCCGUCCGCAUAUGUCAACUUGCUUUUACCGCCGAUGAGAACUACCUGAUCAUGUCGGCUGAACAGGGUGGAGGACUGGCCGUUUACGACGUGCAGGCGCUACUGCAAGGCUCGACACAGACAGCUUUCCAGAUUCCUACAAACGGCGAGGCCCUGCGAGCUUUGGUACCGAACCCGAGCCCGGAAAAGGGAGAGUACUGCGCUGUAGUGACGGACAAAGGCAACCUACUCAUGGCCAACAUGAAAACCAAGGAUUUCGUUGCAGGAGCUAGUGGCCAAAUAUUGAAGGGCCAAAUCAGCUGCGCGGCGUGGAGUACACGAGGGAAACAACUGGUCGCUGGAUCGGGGGAUGGCACGAUAUACCAAAUGACGCCGGAGGGUGUUGUCAAAGCUGAGAUCCCGAGACCACCCACGCUGGAUGCGAAUUACUUUGUUUCGUUUCUGCUCUGGCUGGAAAAUGAUGUCUUCCUGGCAAUCCAUAUGUUGACCGCAGAACAACCACCUCAGUCUAGAUAUCACCUGAUCACCCGUCAAGGCCAAUCUUUCACAUGCCAGAAGUUGACUGAUCCUGUUGACCCCUACGGAAACGAGAAGGUGCCACAUCAUACAGCUGCGCGCCUGAAGGACUUCCCUCCAAACUUACAAGACCUCUUAAUAUUCUCGUCGACGGCUACUCCAGAUAUUGGUCUGCUAACACGGUCAAAAUCACCUCUCGACUCAGGGGCCGACGCAGAUAAAAUCACCAAUGUCUUCACCACCACGGAGUUAGCUGAUGAUUCCAAAAGAGCCACUCUUCCUAUGGGCGAUAACAUGGAUACCCCAAUGCCCAUUGGUACGGUCCUUGACCUUUCAAGUCGAGAUACCGUCUACAAACCCAUUCCCACGGACGAGAUCGAACAAUCGCCCGGGCCCAUACCUGGUUACUGGGUCCUAAAUGACGAGGGUGUGUUGGCUGUGUGGUGGAUCAUAUACUCUGAGUCUAUUAGAGGAGGGACAAGUUACCCAGGUCUAGCCGCAGUUGAAGGAAAUGCUGCACAAGCGUCGGCACCAACUGCGGCGCAGGCUAAGCCUUCCCAGUCAAUUGCGUUCGGCGCCCCAAGCAGUUCGGCAUUUGGAGCACCGGCAACAACCACGACACCGGCAUUUGGCGGCCCAUCAGCACUCGGUUCAAAAUCCUCAGUCUGGGGUUCGACACCACCUUCAUCACUCGGCGCUGGUGAUGCCGCGUUUGGCUCGAGCACUUUCGGAAGCGCUCCAGCCUCCACAGCCCCUAUCACCGGUGGUGCGUUCGGGUCAAGCACAUUUGGAAGCGGAGCUGCCUCAUCAGUCCCCAAAUUUGGUACGCCAUCAUUCGGCUCAUCUACGUUUGGGCAGCCCACUCCUGCGUUUGGCCAGUCUUCAGGGAUCGGAACGAAGUCAUCGCCAUGGGCAUCUGGUUCGAAACCGGGAGGAUCAGCAUUCGGUCAGUCUGGAUUCGCCAACGCUGGCUCCGGCUCGGGCAGUGGCACAGUCGGUAGCUCGGCCGGAGGUGGAUUUGCCAAUUUCGCGAACAAGGGUGGAUUUGCCAGCGCGACUCCGACAACGGGAGGCGGCGCAUUCGGUAGCCCCUCGGGAACCAACGAUGCCCCUGGGGCUGGGGGCUUCGCUGGUUUUGCUAACAAGGGGGGCUUUGCCUCUCUUGGUGCUAACGAUGCAAGUAGCGGAACAAGUAUAUUUGCUGCAAAGAAAGCGGAUGCACCAAUGGACACCAAGACUUCGUUCCCGUCUUCGAAGCCCGCCGCUAGCACUGGAAAUCCCUUUGGAUCCCAACCUUUCAAGCUGACUUCGAGCUUCCAACCCGAUCCCAAUGCGAAGGACGAAGAGGCUGCCCCCGAGGAGCCUUCUGGCACAGGAAGGUCUAUGUUCGGCAGUGGCUUCGCAAGCGCCUUGGACAACUCGAAGCCAGCGGGCUCCGGCCUUUUUGGUCUGGGCGGCCAACCUUCUCCUACCGCCGAAUCUACGACCCCGACAUCGACUCCUGCUCCGUCAAAGUUCAUGCCCCAGACGACGUCGACUGCGCCUCAGACCGGUGGAAUCUUCAGCUUACUCCAAAAGAGCACUCGCAGCAUAUUUGACAGUCCGGCGGCCACGACACCUUCGGCUGAACCGCACAAGGUGAAAGUUGAGGCAGACACUCCUAAAGACCUCAAGGAUAUUCCGGACAUUCCUCUCCCCCCUGAAUCUACCAAUUCUCCGGAUACCAGGAAGGCGCCCUCGCAUGCUCCGCUGCCUCCUGCCUCGUUAGCAUUGAAGUCCAGCUCGGCUGUACUUGACGCCCCACUACCGCCAGAUCCAUUGAAGAACAAGAAGAUUUAUGACACCAAAUUUAUAAAUGCGCCUUUGCCAGGAGAGACGGCCAAACCUAAGCCCAGCCCGGCUGAUGCCGCUCCCUUACCCCCGGAUCCCAUGAAGAACAAAAAGGCGUAUAACGCCACUUUCCCGUCCCUGUCUACUCUUCAGUCGGCUCAAACAUCAGCGAAACCACAAGCUAAACCACAGGCGAAACCGCAAUCUGUUUUUGAAUCAGUCGCUUCAAAGUCAACUGGCUUCUCUUUCCCUAGCGAUCUACCCGCCGUCUCCGAUAGUGAUGAGGAUGAAGAGUCUGGGAAAGAGGGAGAGGAAGAAGGCUCAGAUGCUGAAAGUGAAGGGAGCGGCGUUGAUGUUGCCAAAGACCUGAGCCCUCCGGCCGGUGGCAAGGAUAAGACGCCUGGCUUCACACCCGGGAGUUCUUUCGAUGGUCUCGGCGGAAGCUUCUCCACAAUAUCCCGCCCAGAGGAACGGAAGAGUUUGUUCGGAGAGGUUGGACGAAAUGCGCCCCUAUUUCCCCAACCCAAUCCGGUCAGUCCUCGUUCGCCUAGUCCGGUACGAGGCGCUAUUCUCUCCAGGAUCAUUGGCCAUGACCCACCACGGUCUGUUAGCGCCCCGUUCGGCGCCCCUGGAAUGGCUUCUCAAAUACUUGGUGCCUCUAAGCGACCCCAGAGUCGAAUGGGACCCCCGAUUAUUGGGAAAGAUGUACCACCGUCUGCGGACCCUCGAGUCGAACAGCAGCGCAGAGCAAGAGCCAAGAAAGAAGCAGAAGAGACCCAGCUGUUAAUUGAUGAGGAGGAUGACAAGAUACAGAGCCAGUUGAGAGCCGGUAUCCAGCCGACUCUUGAGUUAGACGAGUUUGUGGCACAUACUGGUCCAGCGCCCUCAGCCAGCGAUAAUAUUCCUGCCCAAGUGGAGGCCGUAUAUCGCGAUAUUAAUGGCAUGAUCGACACGUUGGGACUGAACGCCCGUUCCCUUGCAAAUUUCAUCCAAGGGCACAUUGAUGGUUCCAGCCAGGAAAACUACAAGGAUAAAGAUGACCUUUCAGCGCCCGAAGACUGGACCAUCGGAGAACUGGAGGAUCUGGGGGAAAUCGUUUCGUCCAACCUUGUCGAGGAGCUCGAAAGUUCCCGUGUCGCCAACGUUGAGGACAAGAUUGCAGAUGCCCAGGAUCUCCUGCGCGAUCUGGCUCGCGAACGCAAUAAGCGUUACGACCUGCAGAAAAUCAUCGACUCACGUAUUGAUCCAGACCAAGCACUCAUCACCCGCUCGCUACCUCUCACGGCCGAGCAGGCGGCGCAGCAAAACGAUCUGCGACGUGACUUCACGAGAUUCACCAAGCUCCUCGCCGAAGCUGAGGAAAACCUCACGCUACUCAAAGCCAAGAUGGUGUCGGCCGGUGCCGCCAACGGCAAAGGCGGCCCUACGCCCACCAUCGAAGCCGUCAUGCGAACCAUUACCAAGAUGACAGCCAUGGUGGAGAAGCGCAGCGGCGACAUUGACGUGCUUGAAAACCAGAUGCGCAAGCUGCGCUUCAGCUCGCCUCUCAACGCCAGCAACCGCAGCCGCGAGGGCUCUCCCUUCACCACUCCGCAGAAAAGGUCGUCAGUCAUAUUCUCGCCCGAGCGGUCGAUGCGCGAGGGCACGCCGUCGCAGCAGCGCCAGAGCAUGAUGCGCCCCUCCUUGAGUGCGUCCGUGAACAGCAUUGGUGGUGGCAUGUUUGCCGUACGUGCAUUCACAUCGCCGCGCAGGAAGAUCAGCGGGUUUGGUGAGGCAGAUAAGAAGGCUGUCAAGGAGCGGAAGGAGCGCAGAGGGGCUGUGCUUGGGAAGUUGAGGGCAAGCUUGGAGAAGAAGGGGCCGACUGUCUGGGCGGUGGAUGACAUUCAGUAAGGUGAAGAAGGAAGAAAGCUUGGGUUAUUUAUCGGAAUACUGCGACUGUAAAAGGGGCAAAAGCUAACAGGGAGAGACGAGAAAGCCAGAGAAGUCAGGGCGUUGAGUUUGAGGGAACACUACAUGUUAGAAUGGCUGAAAGUGUAAUAUGAUCUAAAUGGCACGCAUUGCGAUGAACUGGGAAGAUAAUAAGAUUAGGCUUGACCUAGUCGAUGGCUCCUGAUGUAAUAUUAUUGAGGCUCAUGCUUGUGUGAUCUUGGGCAGCUACUACGGAACGUACAUGUCAGAAGUUCCAAG